AUGCAAGAUUAUCGGGAUAGAAUCGUCUCCAACCUGACUAUGUUAAAAGUAUUCCAGGACAAAAUCGCUUGUGGGCAACAGCACAAAUCUCACGGGAAAGCAAUUCUCGAUUGGGUCGGCUCGACAGACUACGUCUUGCAGCAUGCCAACUAUUCCGGGAAGCGGACCGCUGGGACUGGUGAAUGGUUGUUUGAAUGCAACGAAUUCCAGUCAUGGUUAUCAGGAAAAGGGAGAGGACUACUUUGCUACGGAAUCCCCGGCGCGGGGAAGUCAAUUCUCUCGUCUCUGGUUGUUGACUAUCUUAAUCAAAAAUAUCCGGAGGAGCCGAGCGUUGGGAUCGCCUAUCUGUACUGCGACUACAUGAGACAGCAUGAGCAAAACUAUGGCAAUCUGGUGGCAGGCCUCCUGAGACAGCUGUCACAGGUACCCCCGGUCAUUCCUAUCCACGUGAAACGUCUUUAUGAUCGACAUGAAAUGCGACAAUCGCACCCUUCUGUGGAUGAACUCUCCAACGCACUAGAAGUGGUCGUGGCACAGUUUGACCGAGUUUUUGUGAUCAUCGACGCUUUGGAUGAAUGCCACGAAAUUGCUCGUGCGAGUUUGGUGGCUAGACUUUCUAGCCUUCAAACUAGGUGCGGAGUAUGCUUUCUAGUUACCUCUCGAUGCUCCGACGCUCUGGCAGGAUUGGAAAGAUACGAGCGACUGGAAAUUCGCGCCAAAACGGCAGAUAUAUGCGCCUAUUUGCAGGAGUCUGUGACAUUGCUUCCGGACUUUGUUACAGGCGAUACGAAUCUGCUGGAAGACGUAAAGACGCAAGUCUCAAAUGCAGCAGACGGCAUGUUCUUACUCGCAAGUUUCCAUCUCAAAUCCUUAAUCAAGGCACGGUCGCCGAAAGCGGUAGAAAGUAUAUUGAAGGGGCUUCCAAAGGGAUCGAAUGCACAUAACAUGGAAUAUGACAAGGUCAUGGAAAAGAUCAAAGGACAAGCAUCAGAACGACGCGCUAGGGACGUGCUAGCCUUGAUCACCUUCGCGAAGAGGCCAUUAUCUGUCUUUGAGCUUCAACACGCCCUUGCCGUGGAGGUUGGCACAUCGAAACUUGACCCCAGAAAUUCAAGGGAUACCAAAGACAUUAUUUCCGCUUGUGCCGGUUUGGUGUCUGCGGAGGGAGGGGUUGUGCGUCUCUUCCAUUACACGACACAGGAGUAUUUACAGCAACGAAAUUGGUUUCCGGACGCAGAAAAAUCCCUAGGCAAAAUCUGUGUAGCCUAUCUAUCUUUUGGGGUCUUCGAAAAUGGCCGCUGCCGCACCGACGAAGAUUUUGAGAAGAGGUUGAAUGCGUAUCCUUUCUAUGAUUAUGCGGCAAGAAAUUGGGGAUUGCAUGUUCGGACAGCUUCAAUUGAAGACGACGAAAUGCUGCUUAGCCUCCUUCAAAACGAAAAUAAAGUCCUUGCCUGCAGUCAGGCCAUGCUAGUUCGGAAAGGAUACACGUGGCGAGGAUAUAGCCAACGAGUCCCUGGCAAUGUUACCGGGUUGCAUCUGGCAGCAUAUUUCGGGCUUAGUAUUGCAAUGAGGGCACUAUUAGCACAAGGAGCGUCCUUGACAUCCACAGACGCCCACGGCCGAACACCGCUCUCAUGGGCAGCUGAGAAUGGGAACGAGGCCGUCGUCAAGCUGUUGGCUGAUUCAGGAGGAGUCGAUCUUGAUUGUGCAGAUCACCUUGGCCGUACUGCGAUUUCGUGGGCAGCCAUGAAUGGCCACGAAACUGUCGUCGACAUUCUGCUCAAAACGGGGACUGUCGACGUCGAUUCGAAAGAUGCGGAUGGUCGAACAGCGCUCUCAUGGGCUGCUGGCAACGGUCACACGGUGGUUGUUCAGUCACUCCUCAACACCGGCUCGGUUGAUCCCGAUUCGACAGAUGAUGCUGGCCGGACACCGGCGUCUUGGGCAGCUGAAGGCGGAUUUGAGGCUAUUCUAAAGCAGCUUCUUGAUACGGGGAAACUCCAAGUCGACAGAAUGGAUCAUGAUGGCCGAACUUUACUGUCACGAGCUGCUGAGAGUGGCCGCGAUGGCAUGGUCCAAUUGCUUCUCGGUACAGGAGCAGUCGAAGCUGACUCCAGAGACAAGGAUGGCCGAACGCCCAUCUCUUGGGCCGCCAUGAAUGGCCACGAAACUGUCAUCAACCUUUUGCUCCAAACGGGGGUUGUCGACGUCGAUUCGAAAGAUGAAGAUGGUCGAACAGCGCUUUCAUGGGCUGCCGGUAAUGGUCAUACGGCCGUGAUCCAGCAGCUUCUCAACACGGGCGACGUCGAAAUCGAUUCCUCCGACAAUCUAGGCCACACUUCUCUGUUAUGGGGGGCCGAGAAUGGUCACAAGAACGUCGUGGAACAGUUGCUCAAGACCGGGAAAGCUAACAUAGCCAUGGCAGACAUAAAGGGCCGGACUGCAUUUUUGUGGGCUGCUCGGAAUGGCCACGUAGCUGUAGUUAAGUUCUUGCUCGAAACAGGAACAUGCGAUGUCGAUUUAGAAGACGCAAAUGGUCGAACCGCGUUCUCAUGGGCCGCGGGCGAUGGCCAUGUCGCGAUUGUCGAGCUCCUCCUCGAUGCGGGCGGAGUGGACACGGAUUCGACAGAUCACCGCCGCAGGACCCCUCUCUCCUGGGCAGCUGAAAAUGGGCAUGCUGCCAUUGUGCAACUGUUACUCCAACGCGGGCAAGUCCACCCCGAUUCAAAGGACAAGGACCGGCGGACCCCUCUCUCGUGGGCUGCUGAAUAUGGGCAAACGGGCAUUGUUGGGUUGUUGCUUGGAACAGGGAGAGUUGAUGUAUGCUCCAGAGAUCGGAAGGGCCAAACGCCGCUCUUACUGGCAGCUGCGGGUGGCUACGAAGUGGUAGUGAGACAAUUGAUCGGUGCAUGGAAAGCAGGGGCCAAUGUAACAGACUACCGAGGCCGGACACCACUUUCAUGUGCCAAAGAACGUGGACAUGACAAGAUCGUGGAGCUUCUCGAGAGGCCUGAGUUUGGUACACAGCUGUAG